AUGAAAGAAACAGGAUCACAAGCAGCACCUCCUUCAUGCUUUAAACAGUCCAGUUUGCCACCAACGAAUGAAUUUAAAAAUGGGAUGAAAAUUGAAGCCUGUGAUCCUCGUAAUUUGACUUCUAUCAGUAUUGCCACCGUAGUUGGCAUGCAGGGACCACGAUUACGUUUGCGGCUUGAUGGCAGUGACAACAAGAAUGAUUUCUGGCGGCUGGUUGAUUCCUCAGACUUGCAUCCAGUUGGUUACUGUGAAAGAAUUGGAGAGUUGCUUCAUCCUCCUCUAGGCUUUAGGAUGAAUGCAUCUUCCUGGCCAAUUUUUUUACAGAAAACUUUGAAUGGAGCUGAAAUAGCCCCUGAGAAAUGUUUUAAAAUGGAGCCACCUUCGCCACAUUCAAAUGAUUUUAAAGUGGGCAUGAAACUGGAGGCUGUUGAUCGAAAGAAUCCACAGUUGAUAUGUCCUGCUACGGUGGGUGCAGUAAGUAAUGAUCAAAUCUACAUCACCUUUGAUGGCUGGAGAGGCGCUUUUGAUUAUUGGUGUCGAUUUGAUUCCCGUGAUAUCUUCCCCGUGGGGUGGUGUGCAAAGAGUGGACACCCUCUACAGCCACCAGGACAAAAAGGCACGUCGCAGUACAAACUGAACAAGGUGAUAAAGCACCGACCCAUGGUGCUGAACCUGCCUGCUCCUGGGGCUCCGUCAUCCAGUCAAGUGACCACCCAUGGUCAGACCAGCACCACCCCAGCCACAAGCCCAGGGGGUGGGGGGCAGUCGCGCUCCUCUCUCGCCAGCCCCUCCAGCCCUGACCGACAGCUCUCCCCACGAGAGGCCCAUUCCCCGGUAGUCAUGAUUACAGAACCUGAUACAAGUUCCACACUUAACAGCACCACAGUGUGUGUCUACAUCAACCGUUGUUGUAACCCUGGCAGUUAUUUGAAUCCUCGCAAGGUCCAACAGUUACCUCUUCAUUAUGGUCCCGGUACUUUACAAAGAGUCCUUCGAGAGGUGGCACAAGGAUGCAUAGAAUGUGGCAAUCAUGAACAGACAGUCUUCAACUUAUUAAAAGAUGGAAGCAGCAAAGUCAUUGUCACAGGUACACGCCUAUCAAACAAUGGCAACAGAACGUACACAAAACGAUUACCCUCAGCAUUCAAGAUCUCAGAUUUCUGGAGUUAUUUGGAAGGCAUGAUGGAGGAACUGGGUUGUUGUGAGAAUUUUCUAUCAAGUCAGCCUCUAGAAGGACGCUGUUCAAAAUGUCUUAAAGUCAGCACCCACCGAAUCAAAAUUGAAGAAGACAGCCCAGAAUCUCGCGAAACUCGUGAAUCAAGAGAGUCACGUGAAACCCGGGAGUCUCGCGAGCCUCGAGAUUCUCGCGAGCCACGUGAUUCUCGUGAGCCACGAGAAUCUCGUGAGCCACGUGAUUCUCGAGAGUCUCGCGAAUCAAGGGAGUCCCGUGAGUCACGAGAAUCCAGACACCACAAAGGGCCUCGGCGACGGUAUUCCACAGAAUCAAUAGACAGCCAAAAAGGAGUCCGUAUGCAUAAAAUUCAACGGAAAAUGUCUGCAUAUGAAGCAGAAGCCAGUUCUACGACAUCUGAUCACAGACCACACAAACCAACCGGUGAUCCUUCAGAUUGGUCCAUUGAUAACGUGAUCAACCACAUUUGUGAUACUGAUCCUGCAUUAGCACCACACACAGAAGCAUUCCGUAAACACGAGAUUGAUGGGAAGGCCCUGCUUCUGCUGAAUAGUGAUAUGAUGAUGAAAUAUUUGGGUUUGAAACUUGGCCCGGUUUUGAAGUUGUGUAACAUUGUAGACAAAUUACGAAGCUCUGUGGUUGGUGGCAGCGGUUCCGGUCCAGGGGGAAGCAGCAGCAGCAGCGGGCGAAAAAAAUCAACUUCAGAUCAUCAUGGAAGAAAAGAGAAUUUAAUUUCCAAUUUCAUCAGGUCUUUGGGAGAACCAAGAGAUUUGCCUAUUGGUGAGCUCUCUUGUGUCAACUGA